AUGCUGAAGACACCAUAUCGUGCCCUGCCGGGGUGCUUGAGAAGACCUUCAUCACAAUGUGUAGUCGGCCUGGCGUCGAAUAGUCUUUCUCGAUUCGCCCAAAAUUCCAGUAGUAGCAAAUCAGAAUCCAAUGGUCAAAGUCGUACACAAGAACAGCGAAAGAGACCGAUGUUUCUUGCCUCGGCAUUAUCUGCAACAGCAACAACCAUCGGAGGAACAUUGCUAUACACGAUAGUUAGCCAUGACAAGCAGAAAGAUGAUGAUUCCCGUUAUGCAAGCCGAGCAGAGAUGGAAGUGGCGGUUGAAGAGAUACGAAAAGCACUCGGAGAAGAUGCAGUUAGCAUAGAAGGUGAGAUUCUCCAUUCUCACGGUUACUCGGAUUGGUCCACCAUCAACAUCGACAGGCUACCAGUUGCUGUCACAUUUCCCAAGACAACGGAAGAAGUUGCUAUAAUUGCAAAGAUAUGUCACAAGAGACGCGUACCGAUGAUUCCUUAUUCUGGCGGUUCAAGUGUUGAAGGCCAUUUCUCCGCGCCUUUUGGCGGGGUGAGUGUUGAUUUUGUCAACAUGAACCAGAUUCUGGAGAUGCACAGCGACGACCUGAAUGUCGUCGUUCAGCCUUCUGUUCCAUGGAUGGAUCUCAAUGAGAAGAUCAAAGACACCGGUCUAUUCUUCCCUAUCGAUCCAGGCCCUUCUGCCCAGAUUGGCGGUAUGGUUGGAACAAACUGCAGCGGGACGAAUGCUGUCAAGUACGGUACCAUGAGAGACUGGGUAGUCAAUCUCACAGUGGUGCUAAGCGACGGAACAAUCCUCAAGACCCGACGACGACCGAGAAAGUCAUCAGCGGGCUAUAACCUGAACUCAUUAUUCGUGGGAUCAGAAGGCACCUUGGGUUUCGUCACCGAAGCUACGCUGAAGCUAGCCCCCAUCCCUGAACACACUGGCAUCGCGGUAGUCACAUUUCCAUCAGUCAAAGCGGCAGCGACCAUGGCCAUCGAAGUCAUACGUCGAGGCGUACCGAUCAGCGCCGUCGAGAUCCUUGACGAGGUACUUAUGAGCGUCAUCAACAAAAUGGGUGCAACAUCUCGGAAGUGGAACGAAGUCCCGACGUUGUUCUUCAAGUUUAGUGGCAGUGAUGCUAUUGUCAAGGAUAGUAUCGCACAGGUUCAGAGUAUUUCCAAGAAGCAUCAUGCAAAUGGCUUCCAAUACGAAAGUGAUCCGGAAAAACAGAAGGCUCUGUGGUCAGCUCGGAAAGAGGCACUGUGGAGCAUGAUGGCACUUCGAGAAACAGAUGGACAUGUUUGGUCAACGGAUGUCGCUGUCCCUCUGUCCCGAGUAUCCGAGCUCAUAGACAUAUCCAAGAAAGAACUUGUGGAGCUAGGAUUAUUUGGUAGUAUUCUUGGACACAUCGGCGACGGCAACUUCCACGAAACAAUCCUAUUUGAGGAAAAGCAGCGCAAAGAGGUCGAGGACUGCGUCCACAAAAUGGUCUCACGAGCGAUUGAGAUGGAUGGGACAUGCACGGGUGAGCAUGGUGUCGGGCUUGGAAAGAAGGAGUUUCUUCGGGAGGAGGUUGGGGAGGUACCGAUUCAGGUCAUGAGAGCUAUUAAGACGAGUCUGGAUCCGCUGUGGUUGAUGAACCCAGGAAAGAUCUUCGACCGCAAAGAUUAG